UGCGAGCCAGUAACCGAUUCAAGUACAUAUUUAGGUCUUCUUUCCUCGCCAAUUUCCGAGUAGUUAAGAUCUACGUGCCAGGCAUUGGGCAUUUUUGUUUGAAAAUCUUCAACAUGCGAUCGACGAACUGUAUCAAACGUGCGAGAUGGAUGAGAAUAUCUCCGAGUGCAAGGCAAGAAGUUAUGCUGGUUUUAGAAAACUACACUCGUGACUUUCACAAUCUAGCCGAAUGGUUUCGAUUGAAAUGGGAGUAUGAAAAUACGCCUCCUCCCCAGAGGCCUAAUUCCUUAACGUGGGAAAUCAGAAAAUCAUCUCCAGGAAAACUCAUUUUUGAACUGGACAAAACGUCAACCAACACCGAAUCAGCUAUUAGCCGUGAUGAUUCGUCGGCGACUGUAGCAAAUUUGAAACAGAAUGUUCCUGGUGCUAGUACGGCCACCUUUCAUCCGAGUAUUCCCAAACCCAUGAGCAGCAGCGUCGUGAGGCCUAAAAAUGUCGAUUGCGGUUGUCAGACUGACAACGACGCUCAGUCGAAGAAAAUGCUGCCAGCUGCGGGUCGAAGAAUAAUGCCAAGUAGUGGCGGGUGUCCUAAAAACCGAUGUCAACUUUUCCAUCAGAUCGGCCCCGAUAGAAACACCCCAAUACCGUCGGUAUUGUCAGUACACAGGUGGCUGGCAUUUCACCUCGCAAAUCCGCUCCUGGCGAAAUGUUGCCGCGGCAGUAUUCGUGCCGAAAACUGGGUUGCAGCGUCGAUGCCGGAGACGAAAAAUAACGAAUCCAUCACGAAAGUACCCAUCUCGCGUAGUCAGUCGGAUUCCGUCUUCGAGACUUCCCCUACUCUAUCCCUCAGCAGAUCGAUCGGAAAACAGUAUGCGAGCAUAGAAUGCAUGAGCCGCGGUGCGGUGGAUGAAAUUUGCCCCAAGUCGCCCGUUGUAGAAUCCAUGCGUGUGAUAAAUGAAGGCGAAGUCGCCUCGUCACUGGAAAAGUUUCGGCUGCGAAUGAAGAACUUCUCGGUUCUUCGAGUUCUGUUACAAAUGGGUCGCAGUCUCCGCCCAAAAACAAAGCUUGAAAUCUCCGUCCAAAGACAUCGAUGUCUCUGUCAGCGUUGUCACUCCUGUUCAAGUUAA